AUGAGUGGUAUUAAAGUGAUAGGGGAGACCUGGUUGGGUGGUAGGGUAUGGGUGCCGCAUCCGGUGAAGAUCUGGGAAGGCGCGGUGAUCCUGGAGGACUACAAACUAAAUCAUCUCAGCUUGAAGGUUCACACGGAUGAUUCGAAUCAGACGAAGAUCUUGGAGAUCAAAUCGAACGCUGACCUACCACCGUUGAGAAAUCCGGAUAUAUUAAUCGGAGAGAAUAAUUUGACGUCUUUGUCGUUCCUUCACGAACCGGCCGUUCUCUACAAUCUUCAGAUACGUUUCCAAAGACACUGUAUCUACACCUACUGCGGCAUAGUUUUGGUCGCGUUCAAUCCGUACAACGAGCUGCCGAUUUAUGGAACCGACACGAUAUGGGCGUACCGAGGCCAGGCGAUGGGCGACUUGGAGCCGCAUAUUUUCGCCGUCGCCGAGGAGGCUUACACGAAACUGGAAAGGGAGGGCCACGAUCAGUCGAUCAUCGUUUCCGGAGAAUCAGGCGCAGGGAAAACCGUGUCUGCCAAGUACACGAUGCGAUACUUCGCGACGGUCGGCGGUUCGACGACCGAAACUCAGGUCGAGAAGAAGGUCCUUGCUUCUCUGCCGAUCAUGGAGGCGAUUGGUAACGCUAAAACGACGAGAAACGACAAUUCCUCGAGAUUUGGCAAAUUCAUCGAGAUUCAAUUCAACAAACACUAUCACAUCACCGGGGCUAGUAUGAGGACCUAUCUUCUCGAAAAGUCUAGAGUCGUGUUUCAGGCGCAAGAGGAGAGGAAUUACCAUAUAUUUUACCAAAUGUGCGCAGCAGCCUCGCGUCUUCCACACUUGCAUCUGGCGCAUCAGAAUAAGUUUCACUAUUUGAAUCAAGGGAACAAUCCUAUGAUAGACGGCGUGAACGAUCUGACUUGCUUCGACGAGACGAUCACUGCUCUCACGAUGCUUGGAUUCUCGAGCAAACAGCAGGACUAUAUGCUUCGUGUUUUAGCGGCUAUAAUGCACUUGGGGAACGUAAAUAUAGGGAACUCCGAUAGCCAGAGCUCGAGCAACGAGAACGACACCGAGGCCAGCUACAUUCACCCGUCGGACAAGCAUCUGUUGACGAUCUGCGAGCUGUUAGGCACGGACGUGAACGCGAUGCGAAAAUGGCUCUGCCAUAGGAAGAUCGUGUCGAUGAGGGAAGUGUUUCUGAAGCCUAUGAACGUCGAACAAGCGAUCGGCGCUAGGGAUGCGCUGGCCAAGCACAUCUACGCUGAACUGUUCAAUUGGAUCGUAGCCGGUAUAAAUAAUUCGUUGCAAUCUCAGAAUAAACCGCAGUGUUUCAUCGGUGUACUUGACAUUUACGGAUUCGAGACCUUCGAAGUGAACUCGUUCGAACAGUUCUGUAUAAAUUAUGCGAACGAGAAGCUCCAGCAGCAGUUCAAUCAGCACGUGUUCAAGCUGGAACAGGAGGAGUACAUCAAGGAAGAGAUCGAAUGGACUUUCAUAGAUUUCUAUGAUAAUCAACCGUGUAUCGAUCUUAUCGAGACGAAAUUGGGCAUCCUGGAUCUCCUGGACGAGGAAUGCAGGAUGCCGAAAGGUUCGGACAGCUCCUGGGCAGAGAAGCUUUACGCCAAGUGUGGGAAGUCGAAACACUUCGAGAGACCUAGGUUCGGAACUUCUGCCUUCUUGAUCCACCAUUUCGCAGACUUGGUGCGAUACGAAACGACUGGAUUCUUAGAAAAGAACCGAGACACUGUUAUCGAGGAACAGGUGGACGUUCUGCGGAACGGAGAUAAUAAAUUAUUGAAGAAAUUGUUCAGCGAGGAGGAUCCAAAGCUCGUGGUACCGCCUAACGUGAGAGUUAAAGUGUCCGCUCAAAAGCCGGUGAUAAGUUCGCCUAAGCAAAAUAAGAAAACGGUAGGAUCUCAGUUCCGUGACUCGUUGAACAUGUUGAUGUCGACGCUGAACGCGACCACUCCGCAUUACGUGCGCUGCAUCAAGCCGAACGAUACGAAGGAAGCAUUCGAAUACAACCCGGUCCGUGCUGUACAGCAAUUACGUGCUUGCGGUGUUCUGGAAACGAUCAGAAUAUCAGCGGCUGGUUUCCCCAGUCAGAGAACGUACGGCGAGUUCUUCCUUAGGUACAGAUGUCUGUGCAGAUUCAAGGAUAUCCGGCGCGACGAUUUUAAGGAAACCUGUCGACGUAUAUUGGAAAGGUACAUCAAGGAUGAGGAUAAGUUCAAGUUUGGCAAGACGAAGGUUCUUUUUCGAGCUGGUCAGGUGGCCUAUUUAGAGAAACUACGCGGUGAACGGCAACGAGACGCUUGUAUCAUGAUCCAGAGGACAGCACGCGGGUUUAUCUAUCGUAGUAGGUACGUGAAGAUUCGACGAGCUGUGCUGGGUCUUCAGAGAUACGGAAGGGGUUACAUCGCGAGGCAAAAGGCUCAGGCGGUGAGGGAGGAAAGAGCGGCGAUAAAAAUUCAAGCUCGUGUCAAAGGUUGGCUCAAGAGGCGUCGUUACCUCCAGAUAAAGCGCACAAUUCUCGCCAUUCAGACAUACGGCAGGGGAAAACUGGCUCGUCAGAGAUACCAGCUAAUGAAAGACAAUGCCGCCGCGAUUGUGAUACAGAGAUUCGCCAGGGGAUAUCUGGUUCGAAUGGCUUGUCAGAAGAAACUCAGCAAUAUCGUGAUCGUUCAAGCUUGCGUGAGAAGGUUCUUGGCGAAACGAGUGUUCAAACGAUUGAAGGCCGAGGCGAGAAGCGUGGAGCACGUGAAGUCGUUGAACAAGGGCCUGGAGAAGAAGAUCAUCACGUUGCAGCAGAAGAUCACCGAACUUACGAAGGAGAAUCAGGUAUUGAAGAAUCUUCAGAACGAGGUGGUGGAUUUGAAGCACAAGCUCGAAGGUUUCAAGUCCGUAGACGCGGAGAAUAAGAAAUUGAACGUUAUACUGAUAGAGAAGGAGAAGGAGUUGGAAAAGAUACAGGACAUAGUGAAGACUGAAAGGGAUGAAAAGAUGGACAUAUUACAGGAUAAGGAAAGGAGUAAUCUCGAGAAAGAACAGGAGAACCAGAAGCUCCAAGGCGAGAUUGAAAAAUUACGAAAGGAUCUUAGAAUGGCUAGUGAGAAAUUGAAGAACAACCAGCUCGGUGCCGAGGAGAAUUUGAAGCACCGAUUGGAACAGGAAAAGGAUCUCCUCCUGCUGGAUCAGGAUCAAGAUCGUGGCGCGUAUCAGAAAUUAUUGAAAGAGUAUCACGAGUUAGAGCAGCACGCAGAAAUGUUGGAGCAGAAACUUGCUAUGCAUGCUCCGGCGCAUUCGCGUUCUCUUAGCAACGCUUCGAGCGGUAGCGGGCAAAUUGUGUCUACCGAACUUCCUCAGGACGAUCAGAAUAUCGAUUUGGGUUACGGAUCGGUAAGAUCGACAGCUUCUUCCUCGACGCCUUAUUCACGAGUGGAAACGAUCGAUUGGAAUCAGCAAAGAUCCGACAGUCCACCUGACGGAGAGGUUCAACCGCAUAAAUCACCUUCGGAGACGAAUGGACCAGCACACGCACCGGUGGAUAUCGGUCUAGUCUUAAAACUCCAGCAGAAGUUGAAGGACGUCGAGAAAGAGAAAGGAAGAUUGAUCAGGAUGGUGGAAGAUUUAGAGCGUGAUAGUCCUGAAGAAGCUUCGAGGAUGCAAGACUCUUUUAGGCUUCAAGAAUUGGAAAUGGAAAACGCUCAGUUGAAGAAAGAUUUAGGUACACUGAGAAAGAGCGUGAGUUCCGCAGGCCUACCCGGUGCACAGCAAAAUCUCAUGGGACAAUUCGACGCGCUUCAGGAAGAGCUCGAGAGAAGACGCGAGGAGUGCAUUCAGCUGCACAGCGUUUUGGCCGAUAACACGAGAAGAAUGAAGAGCUUAGGCUCGAAUUAUGGCCGUGACGUGGACAUAAUAAACGAGGACGGGGAGUUAGUGCUCGCCUUCGAGACGCAGAAAAAGAUCAACAGGCAAUUGGAGGACGAGCUUCAAACGAAGGAGAAAGGAUGGCGUUCUCAGAGGGACGAAUGGAGGGCGGAAAUCGACAGGCUGCAGGAGGAAAUUGAGAAGCAGCAGAAAUUGCUGUCGGUGAAUUUGAGCAAAUCGCCUCAGACUCAAACAGAGGCUUAUAUGCAGCACGAAAUUGCCAGGCUAACAGCUGAAAAUUUGGAAUUACAAGAGAAAUACGAUAAAAUAGCGGAAGAAUGCAGGAAGUUCAAGAGGCAAUGCAAGAUACUCUCGAAACGUCUGAAAGACGCAGGCUACGAGGGAGACGAUACUAAGGAACAGAAGGAUCGCCCUUAUAUUUCAAAGGGCGCCGUGCCGGAUAAUGCUGAAUCUGCGACCGAUUCUACGAUAAUGUCUUCCACGAGUCACUCAGGCGAGAGCGGAAACAAUUUACCAGCUUAA